AUGGCAGGUCGAAGACCCUUCAUCAUUGCUUUCUUGAAGCCCAAAGAUCAAUGUACUCAACGCCCUUGCACCCAAAUCAUUACUUACAACAUGGUGUGUCUUUGCUUAAAACAUUUUGUGAUUAAAUCACCUCUAAGCAUAGUCGGAUGCACUAAUUUUGCAUUCACUCUUUUCUUAGUAAGGGGGCGUUUGGUUGGUGGUCUUAAGGAAAGGGAAAGGGAAUGGAAAUACCCCAUUCCCUUUGAUGUUGUUUACCCAAAUGAGAAAAUGGCUAGCAUUGGUACUUCUUUGAAAAGGAAGAGAAAUUGGGACUGUAUUCGGAGAAAAAUGAGAUUGCACAACUUGAAUAGAAUGAUUAGAGAAAGUGACACUUUGUGUAGGAACUAUCUUCGUAUAAAUCAAUACACAUUUGGUGUACUUUUAGAGAUGGUUAGAGAUAUUGGUAGAUUAAAUGAAACAAGAAACACAUGUUUGGAAGAGAUGGUUGCGGCUUUCUUGUACACAUUAGCUCACCAUAAGAAAAAUAGAAUGAUGGGUGCACAUUUUUAUAGAAGUGGAGAAACUAUUAGUAGACAAUUUCAUGCUUGUUUGUUAGCAAUCUUAAAGUUACAUGCUAUUCUUCUUAAGAAACCAACACCAAUACAAGAGGAUUGCAACGAUGAAAGAUGGAAAUAUUUCAAGAACUCAUUAGGUGCCCUUGAUGGUACAAUGAUUCUAGUGAAUGUUCCUUGUGAUGAUCGAUCCAAAUAUCGGACUAGAAAAGGUACCCUUGCUAUGAAUGUAUUAGGAGUAUGUUCACCCGAGAUGGAAUUUAUAUAUGUCUUACCUGGUUGGGAGGGGUCGGCACACGAUGGUCGGAUUCUUCGAGAUGCUAUUCCUAGGCCUAAUGGGUUGAAAGUUCCAAAAGGUUUUUAUUAUCUAUGUGAUGGAGGAUAUACUAAUGGAGAAGGAUUCCUUGCACCCUAUAGAGGGUAUCUUUAUCGUCUUAGAGAAUGGAAUAAUGGCCCCCGACAACCCCAAAUCGCCGAAGAAUAUUUCAACUUAAGGCAUGCAAAAGCUAUAAAUGUGAUUGAGAGAUGCUUUGGAUUACUCAAGAGAAGAUGGGGGAUUCUUAGAAGUCCUUCUUGGUUUAGUUUACAAACACAUGGUCGAAUUGUACUUGCUUGUGCUUUAUUACAUAAUUUGGUAAAGAGAUACAUGCUUGCAGAAUUUGAUGAUGAGGACUUGUUUGAGGAAAAUGAUAGUGAUGAUAAUGAUGGGCUAGACAACGCAGACUUACUUUGUGAUGUUAUUCAUUUUUAUUUAAAACCUCCAUUUCUUGUAUUUGAACUUCAGACUUGUAUGUUUAUUUCUUGUAUUGAAUAUUUGUUGAGGAUGGAUGAAAGUAGUGCUAGUGGAGGUGGAAGGGGAAAAAACAAACGAUUUUGGACUGCCCAAGAAGAUAAGGCUCUUGUGGAAGCAUUGUCAGAGUUAGCUGUUGAUCCUCACUGGAGGUGUGAAAAUGGAUUUAGAAGCAGCUACAUGGUUCGCUUAGAGGAGCUCAUAGGUAAGGCUCUUCCUGGUUGUGGUUUGAAGGCUCUGCCACACAUUGAUUCUCGACUUAAGACACUUGUAGCAAAGUUUAGGGCUAUUUCUCAAAUGUUAAAUACAAGUGGAUUCGUCUGGAAUGAUGAAAAAAAAAAUGAUUUUUGUAUAUCGGGCUGUUUAUGA